AUGAAUGAAGAUACGUAUCAUCGAGAUCCCCGUGAGAGACUGCCGGCGAUUCCGUCUAUUCGCUCCAACGUCUGUAGCGUUAAGCCUUUACGCUGGAGCCAGAGUAACAUGGAUGUCUUGACAGUCUCCAAUGUCAGCUUUUCCCGGCCGCGCCUGGGCCAUGGCCAUGAUGAAGCCUGCAAGUCGGCCAACCGAUGCGAGUGA